CGAUAGCUACAAAUUUAGUUAAACGUGUUUUUGAAAUUCAAAAUCACAAUAUGGCAGAAAAUUCUAAUACUUCCUCUAUUAAUCUAAUUGAUAUGUCUAUGCAAAAAUCUAGUGGUAAACCAAAGUCAAUUGUGUGGGGAAC